UUCUUCAUGGAGGCCCAGCUAAUGAAAGACUUCGACCACGAGAACAUAGUCAAACUGCUCGGCGUCUGCUCUAAAGACGAGCCAUACUUCGUCGUAAUGGAGUACAUGCUACACGGUGAUUUGAGGUCCUACCUGCUAUCCAGGAGACAUCUUGUCAGUGAGAGUAGCGACGAAUCUCUCGAUGUUAGCCCCCAGGCUAUCACCAAGAUGGCCAUGGAUGUGGCGCAGGGAUUGAACUAUCUCAUGAGCAUACCCUGCGUUCACAGAGAUCUGGCCUGUAGAAACUGCUUGGUUCACGAAUCUGGCCUCGUUAAGAUCGGCGACUUUGGUCUGACUGAGAAAAUGUUCAGUAGUUAUUACGUGAGAUGCAUCAGCAGAAAGUUUCCAAUAAGGUGGAUGGCGCCAGAGAGUCUGAAGGAUGGCGUCUUCUCGUCGGCGUCUGACAUCUGGAGUUACGGCAUUCUUGUCUAUGAGAUCUUCACGUUCGGAUCGAUCCCGUACCAGGACAAGACGAAUGAGGAGGUGGUCAGACAUGUGAAGGAUGGACACACCAUGCAACUGCCCGAUGCGUGCCCUCAAGAUUUGAAAGACUUCUGCAAAAGUUGUUGGGAGUACGAUCCAGGGGACCGCCAAUCCAUCCAAAUAAUCAUCGACAGUCUGGAG